UGCGUGCGCAGUCGGCUCGGUAUCGAGCGUCAGUGUCAGUUGUCAGUUGUCAGCCGGGCCUGACGGACGCGUGUCGUGUAUCUCGUACUGCGGAGCUUCCACCAUGGCUCUGCUCAGACGGCUCGUUGUGAACGCUCCCCGCAACGUGAGGGUGCUGUCGACGCCUUCGCCGGCAUCGCGGGACGAACUCGACCUGACCUUUAACAGUCCGAAAGACGCGUUCAAGAGCAAGAAAACCAGCGAACUAGUCCGGGCCUACUUCGUCUAUCAAAUAUGUUCGGUGAACUGGCUCGUAGAGAACAACGACAUGUUGAUGAAGAGGCUCCGCCAAGUGGUCGGCCAGAGGUUUUUCGAGGCCAUCAUGAAGGCAACCUUCUACGGGCAGUUCGUAGCCGGAGAAGACCAGAACAAAAUCCGACCGACUAUUGAAAGGCUCCGUUCUUUCGGCGUCAAGUCGAUCUUGGAUUACUCCGUUGAGGAAGACCUGUCCCAGGAGGAGGCAGAGAAACGUGAAGUCAGUGCUUCUAUAUCCGCGUGCGGCGACAUGCAAGAAGAGGGUCAGCUGAAGCAGUACCACGUAGAGCAGAGGUUCGCCGACAGGCGCUACAAGGUGACCAGCGCCAGGACCUACUUCUACCUCAACGAAGCCUCCUGCGAGAAGAACAUGGAAGCCUUCUUGAGGAGCAUUGAUGCUGUCGCCGGCAUCACCAAGAGCACAGGGCUGAUGGCCAUCAAGUUGACAGCUCUCGGAAGGCCCCAACUACUUCUGCAACUCUCGGAGGUGAUCAUGCGCGCUCGUAACUACAUGCAGCAGAUAGCUGGUGGGACAGGCAACGUCCUGACUCACCACAAGACCAUCGAGGACUUCCAGAGGUACUUCGGUGAUCACAGCACCAAGCCCGAGGUCCAGCAGUUCAUGAAGAAGAUCACGUCUGACAAAGAGGGCGUGCUUCAUCUAUUCCCGUGGGACCGGAUCGUCCAUUUAUUCCCGUGGUCGAAUAUUCUCGACGAGGACAUGAACUUGUCGGAGUCGUUUAGGGUGCCCGAUCCUAAAACGGGUCAGAUGAGGAGGCUCAUAUCACAGAUAUCGACGAAAGAGGAAGAGAUGUUCAGGAAUAUGCUCCGCCGUCUCAACCACAUCAUCCAGGUGGCGAACGAGGCUGACGUGAGAGUCAUGAUCGACGCUGAGCAGACUUACUUCCAGCCCGCUAUCUCGAGGAUCUGCCUCGAAAUGAUGAGGAGAUACAAUAAGGACAAGUUCCUGGUCUUCAACACUUACCAGACGUACUUGAAGAAUACGUACAAUGAGAUCGUGACUGAUCUAGAACAGGCCCACAGGCAGAACUUCUUCUGGGGGGCGAAGCUUGUGCGUGGCGCUUAUAUCGAGCAGGAGCGAGCACGCGCUGCCGCCAUGGGAUACGAGGAUCCCACGUGCGAGAACGUGGACGCCACCACCGCAUCCUUCCACAAGUGCCUCAAGGAAAUUCUCAGCAGGGUUAAAUCCGGCAAGACCGGCCUCGGCAUCAUGGUGGCUUCUCACAACGAGGAUACUGUCCGCUACGCCAUUCAGCUGAUGAAGGAACAUAAUAUCAAGCCUGAAGACAAAGUCGUCUGCUUCGGUCAGCUGCUUGGAAUGUGUGAUCACAUCACUUUUCCUUUAGGUCAAGCUGGUUAUUCGGUCUACAAGUACGUGCCAUAUGGACCGGUAGUUGAAGUCCUACCGUAUCUAUCGCGGAGGGCGAACGAAAACCGGGGUUUCCUCAAGAAAAUCAAGAAGGAGAAGAAGCUACUCCUCAAAGAAAUCGUCCGCAGGGUCGUUUCUGGUCAAAUGUUUUACAAGCCCAUCGGGAAUUACACGCCUGUCUAAAUCACUAAUGCCAUAAAAAUUGUCCAGUUUUUUUCCGUUUUUUUUCACCCCGACAGCGCUAUUAUUAUAACGCUUAAUAGCGUAGCGUUUUAUUGAAAUAGCAGCAAAGUAGCAGCGCUAUCGGUUAAUAAUUAGCAGCGUAUUAUAAUUAGUCGUUUUCGGAACUAUCACCGAGGAACGAACUGGUGAUGAAUGACAAUGAAGUUUCAUCAAAAGAUUUACGACUAUCGUUCACUUUUAACUAUCUGAAGAGCGAAAAAUAGUAUCUUUUAUCGGAAAUAUGCCUCAGUAUUUAUUUGUCCAAAUAAAGUACAACGCUUACGUUUAGUGUUUUGAAACAUGUUUGUUAAUUAUUAUAUAUAGCAGUUGUCCAUAAUAUGCGUAGUGGUUAUUAAAAAAAUAAAUAUUAAAAAAAAAAGUAGGAAUUAUAAGUUUGUAAUAAUUUAUAAAAAAAAAUUAUGGGAAAUAAAAUAUAUAAGUACCCACAUAAAGUUAUCAUAACACAGGGUUUAACUUUGAUGAGACAUGUUGUUAUGUAACCGUUGAAACUAUAAUGUUAAUAACUUGGUUAUGAACCUGUUAGUGUGGUAUUUGAAUCAUGAUAAAAAGUUACUGAACCAUUUGUUCUUUUUUUUUUGUUUUUUAUAAACUAAAUAUUUCGAUGUGUUUUUUCAUUAAAUCACGUGUUGCAAUUUUAUUGUCUCAGUCUAUGUCUUUUAUACAAUUCAAAGAGUGCUAAAGAUAUCUGGUGAACAUUAAGCCGCCAUCACAUCGUCAAUUGCAAAGCUUAUCUGUAAAGUCGUGGGUCCAUGAACACGAAAGAAGAUUAAAAUGUUUUUUGUUAACUCACACGAUGCGGUGACAGCGAUUAUAACAGCGGUAAUAGCGGUAAUAGCGAUUUAUUUCCGUCUUAAAAUGCUCGAAGAAUUAUGAAUCUCACUCGAAGGUAUUAAAGACAAUCGGCUUACGGGUUCCGACGAUUU